CACAAGGCGGUUGGGCUCGAGGCGCUUCUUCUUCCCUCCCCCGUAGGAAGGACAGCUUUCCUGUCCGCCAGCCAACAUCGAGUCGGCCACCUACGCGAGCGCCAUGUCUCGCUACUUGCGGCCUCCCAAUACCUCGCUCUUCGUCCGGAACGUGGCCGACGACACCAGGUCUGAAGAUUUGCGUCGUGAAUUUGGUCGUUACGGACCUAUCGUCGAUGUGUAUGUUCCUCUGGAUUUCUACACUCGUCGGCCAAGAGGUUUUGCUUAUGUUCAAUUUGAAGAUGUCCGUGAUGCUGAAGAUGCCCUUCAUAAUUUGGAUCGGAAGUGGAUAUGUGGCCGUCAGAUAGAAAUACAGUUUGCUCAAGGAGAUCGGAAAACACCAAACCAAAUGAAAGCCAAGGAAGGAAGAAAUGUGUACAGCUCUUCUCGUUACGAUGACUAUGACAGAUACAGGCGUUCUAGAAGCCGCAGCUAUGAAAGAAGGCGUUCAAGAAGCCGAUCCUUCGACUACAACUAUCGCCGAUCUUAUAGUCCUAGAAACAGUAGACCUGCUGGAAGACGUCGCCGUAGCAGAAGUCGUUCAGAUAAUGAUAGGUUCAAACACCGUAACCGAUCUUUUUCAAGGUCAAAGUCCAAUUCAAGAUCGCGAUCUAAGUCACCACCCAAAAAAGAAAUGAAGGCUAAAUCACGUUCUAGGUCUGCGUCUCGUACUAAAUCUAGAGGCACUUCUAAAACGGAUUCUAAGGCACACUAUAAGUCCAGCUCGAGAUAUGAAAAAGAACCGAGGAAAAAAGAACCAGCUAGAUCCAAAUCUCAGUCAAGAUCUCAUUCUAGAUCUAGAUCAAAAUCCAGAUCCCGGUCAUGGGCUAGUCCCAAGUCCAGUGGCCACUAACAGUGUACCUUGUUUUUUAGGCAUGUAAAACCCAAUUACACAGUUGAGUUAUAAUGUUGCAGCAUUGCUUAAAAUAUCUUUGUCAGUUUUCCCUGUAGCAGGCAACUAUUAAAAUUAAAUCACAAAUUGAGAACCUUAUACAAGAGUCCACUUUGUUAAAUGUCAUGGGCAGCUACUUGAAGUUGUUGUGGUGUCUAUGUAUAUUUUUGUAAUACACUUGCAUUUUUAUGCUUCAAAUAUUGAUGGUACCUUGAUUAUGACCAUAGUUUACAGCAUUGUCCUAACAAUUUCAUCCAAAAAGGAAAUGUUCGUUCUAACUGUUCCAAGAACAUAUAGUUAUUUAAAUUGCCCAGAAAUUCCUGCUGAAUAAGUGGAAAAUUGGGCAGCUAGGAUGAAACACUGACUGCUGAAAAUAUAAACUGGUCAUCUCAGUUUCUAGAUCAAAAAGGGAAGAUAGUUUGUAUUCUCCAUGAUAUUAAGAUGGCUGGUUCCUAGAGCAAGUGGAAAGAUGGUGUUGAAGUGUUGGUAGUAUAACAGAGUGGGCAGAGAUGUGGAGAGCUUAUUGUGAGUCUUGUCAAGAUUUUAGGAGUCUCCUGAUAUUUCAACCCCUACAAGUGGAUGGUGGUGUUCCACUCAAUAAUUAGGUAAAUGUGUUUACACUUAGAUGCAGUAUAGAAUAUCAAGUUAUUGUGAGCGGUUGCCCAAAUUGCUUAGGGUUUCUUGCUGUAUAGACACAAUUAAAACAUCUGAUUAGUAUGUGUGGUAUAUCAGAACUAAAAUUUUUUGCCGAUGACUUCAUUUAGGUAGCUUUUUGUCCAUUGGUACCAAUUUCCAGCCAGGCCUGUAAUCCUAAUUGGCAGCUUAAGUUUUUACCUCCUUUGAGUGGCAAGUCUCAAUUUGUUCCAUUUGCUUUUAGUUUGUUGUAUCUAAACUGAAAUUGAAAAAAAUUGCCAUGGUCUAAUCUCAAGUAUUCCCCGGAGAGGGCAUGAUCUUGUAUUAUGAACGUAGCUUUUCUAUUGAAAUGUGUAAAAAGCCAGCCUCUGACAGCCAGUGGCCAUUGUCUUCUGUUGAGGACAAAUUAAUGUUGAUAAAGAAUGCUGUUUUCAAAUUCAACAGGGCCUUUCUGAUCAGAAGCUAGCUUUUUGAAAUACUGGCGGUAGAACAUGUUUAAAGGGUGACUCUAAAACCUUUGUAUAUUUGAUAGUAUUUCUAACUUUGGUUAUUGUUGAUGUUCAUGUUCUGCUAUGCAAUCAUUUAUAUCCACGUUCCUUUUAAUUUUGUAGACUUCUCCCUGAUGUAUAGUUUGAAACAACACGGUGUAUUGUUAAAAACUGUAGCAUUAGAAUGCAGCUCUGGACAGAGGAAAGUUGUGGAAAUAAACUUUGUAUUUCCUUUCUUAUAGAGGCUUCUUAAAAGGUAUUUUUAUAUGUUCUUUUUAACAAAUGUUGUGUAUGACUUUAAAACAUUGAUGUUUUGAUCAAAAUAUAGACCCAGCUUAUUCUCUUGCUUGCUGUAAAUCUAGCAAACACGCUGUAAUAAAAAAAGAAAUACUGAUCUUCUAGAA